AUGGAAGAAGAGAAGGAUAAGAAUGCUGUGCUCACCGCCUGUGAUGAACAGGCGGAGUUAUUGCAGACCACCGUUGACGAAGACAGCAGUUUAAAACAUACGAACAAUGUCACGUCUGCACUUGCAAGUACGAUGGCUGACAACGCGUCACAAGGGGCUUCAGCGCAUGUCUUGCACUACGGUGUGCGGGAUGUCAGGCAGUCACCGCCGAUAUUACAAACAUGUGCACCUACGUCAAGGGGGGGUAAGCAGGAACCAGAGGAUACGGUAUACGUUAGUUCCCUGACAGUUCAUCCUCGUUACCGACGACACCAUUCUUGCUCCCAGGGUAGCUUCUCAGUACAUAAUGGCAGUGGACGGUCGGCAACACAUUCACGAAUGAGCAGUCACGAACAAUUUUCAUGGGACUCAACCGCGUGGAAGGAAGUGAGCAAUGAAUUGGCUUUUACCGCGGAUCCCACAAGGGAAUAUCUGUGCCUUGGUCGUGUCUCCUCAGAAUGCAUUGUUGGCACUGUCGAGUCAAGAGAGCAGCAUCCUGGGAGACAUGUACGCUCCCUUGCAGCGUGGGACCGGAGCGAAGUGGAGGCGCGCGGAAAUAACGCAGAAAAAGAAAUUGAGGGGGCAAGUGAAAGCAAGGGAUGUGUCACACCCAUCGGCAAGAAUAAAUCCUGCACAGACUCUGUAUUUGAAACUGCACCACUGGGUCAUCAGCAAUCUUUUAGCUUGUUCAGUCAAAGAGAUGCUCCUCACCAAAAUCGAGAGGCUGCAGAAUGCGAAAAGGCUGUAACAUCAGAGAGGGAUGAAGGUGAAGCCGAUACGCAAGGUUCUACCAUGACGCAUGUUCUUGUAAAAUUUAAACAGUUGUACGGCGUGUUUUAUGUACCACGGAGUGAAUGUGGGACCUUUGCUAUUGGGGAUCUUGUGUCUGUGGAAAGUCACUCGGGAGAAAAUAUGGGUCGUGUUGUGGGGGACCUCACAUCAUGUAUGAGGGAUCAAUUGUCGCUUCAAAGUCAUCUUGCCCAACUACCGCUGGAAGUGCUUUACCCAGAGGAUGCCUCAAGACCACUUGAGGUUGUAGAACCUGGGACCAAUAAGGAGAAGUUACUGCGACUUCCACGUGUUAUUUGUCGAGGAAUGAACAAGGGUAAGAAGCGUGUAUACUAUGCUCGCCGUCGCGAUACGGAGGCCUAUAAUGUGUGCCAGCGACUGAUUCGUGAACGCGGAUACUCGUUGAUGGUGUCUGGUGUGGAGUACCAGGUAGAUUUUAAACGUAUUACUGUUUUUUGCUCGGAACCAUGUGCUAGUGUAGUUCCAAGCGAGCUUUACUCUUUUAUUCAGCAACUUGCAACACUUUUGCGCGGAUCUGCAGUUGAGGUUCUCUUCUCUGUGGAAUGUCCUGCCUCCCUCGAGGUGACACGGGAUAUUACACACGGGGUGUUUAACGAUAUUUACGCCAGAUUGGUGAAGUCGCAAGAGAACGAUGGUGCACGGGCAUGCUCUCGAACACCGCCGUCAACGCAUCAUACCCCGCCUGCGCAGCGUUCCUUUGUGGAGGUGGCAAUGGCCCAGGCUGCCGCUCCACCUGUUAUGCCCAUGUUUGGUCUCCCGCCACCUGUCCCACCAAGACAGCCAGGGAUGAUGCCUGGGGUUAAUAUGGCUGCGUUGUACGGUGUGGCAUGUAUGCCCCCGAUUGGUUGGGGAUGGCCAGCUCCGCCACCGUAUCUUGGUCCUUCGCACGUGACACCAGGUAUGGAUGGAAGAAUGUAG